AUGGAAGCUGGAGCAAUACCUGAUACCCAGGAAGUUACAUCAAAUUUCAACAAUCUUUCCUCCGAUGGACUUCAUGUUGCGGGUGCGAGUACAAGUGUGGGAAGUAAUAUACAUACUUCUCAGAACACCCAAGCCCGCUUCAGGAUUGACGAUCCUACUACGGUUCCCAGCGAGGUGCAUAGACAGAAUGAUUCUCAAGCCUUGCACGGAGAUAACUGUCAGGACGAAGGGUUCGAAGAGUUCCGAGAUUUCGUCAACUUUAUCGACGGCGUAGGAUUGUCGGCCCAAUGGACACCAGAAUAUGACUUCAACUGGCUGCGAGCUGGUGAGCAGCACCAGGAAUCACGACAAAAUUCUCGAGAGCCAGACUCCUUGCAUUCGCCAGAAGUCGAGGACAUCGGUACGCCAUUCAGUACAUGGUUGCCCUCGGCGCCGGCCGAUGAUCAGGUUCAUCUUCGCACCGAGCCCGAAGAGAAGAUUCGCGAAAAGAGAGCCAACAACGGAACCUAUAAUGUGACAGAAGAACAUCGAAAUUUUAUGAUCUUGUUGCUUGAGAGCUUACCUUCGCCGAUUUCAAAAUUUGAAAUACCCUCUCGUCAUACUUUGACACGAUACAUCACGGCUUUCUUUGGAGGAUUCCAUUCUCAUUUUCCAUUUAUACAUGCGCCAACAUACAAGCCAUCAUCUUCCCCUCUAGAGCUGACACUAUCAAUGUGUGCAGCCGGAGCACAGUAUUGCUUUGAGCGAAGAAGCUCAGAACGUUUAUUUCGCAUAGCAAAAGCAAUCGUGCUGGAGAGACUAAGGCAGAAACAGGUGUAUUUCGGGUCGCAAAUUCUGGCCUUUACCGCCUCAACUGACAUUAUUCCACAGGAAAGCGCCACUGUGUCAAGGCAUUGGGGACCAUGGCUACCUUUGGAUUUGGCCAAAACCCUACUUAUCCUCGUAGGAUUUGCUACAUGGGAAAAAGAAGAUCUGCUUCAACAAGCAUUUGCACUCCGAGGUCUUCUUGUACAGAUUCUUCGGGACAUCGGCCUCAAAGAGGAUGACCACAAUAGCGGCGGCUCAACAUCACGGUCAGCGAAGUGGGAUGAAUGGGUGCAACGAGAAUCAACCCGACGUACCAAGUUAGUAGCUUACUGUUACAUCAACGUUCACAGUAUUGCGUACAACACUCAUCCACUUCUCUGGAGUAGCGAGUUACACUUAAGACUUCCUUGUUGCACUUUGACUUGGCAGGCUCCCAGUGCCACGCAAUGGACUGCACUACAGCGUGAGGGAAAGGAAGAACAAAUGCCCUUCCAGCAAGCAUUGUCGAUUCUUCUCCAAGGAACAACAGAUCUGGGAUCGGUACUACCAAUACCGAGUCCAAUUGGAAAUUAUAUUCUUCUUCACGCACUGAUACAACGUAUACAUGUUGUUCGCGAGCUCUCGUCUCCGGCCACGUCUCCAGCGACUAUCUCCACAUCGGAAUUACAAACACUUAGUUGCGCUCUCCGCUCUUGGACCUCGUUAUGGCAACAAACCCCGGAAUCGACGCUAGAUCCCAACAACGAAAGCGGUCCCAUUCCCUUUACGUCCAGUGCCCUCUUGGUCGUGGCGUAUGUCCGUCUAUCGCUGGAUAUUGGCCAACAUCGAUAUCUGGAGUCGCGCGACCCUGAUGUGAUAGCUAAUGGCCUUAGUCAGUUGCCUGAAAUCGAGCGCAAUGACAAUCUUCUAUCUGGCUUGUUGUACUCAACACACGCACUGAGUAUCCCUGUAAGAUUGGGAAUCGAUAGGGUUGCGAGGAGUCAAGCUUUCUUCUGGAGUGUUCAGCAUGCUAUCUCAAGCUUUGAAUGCGCCAUUUUCCUGGGCAAAUGGCUCUGCUCAAUUCCAAGUCCUUUACUGGAAGAAUCGUUGUCUCGAUCAGAGCACCGUAUUCUUCACUGGAUUCGAUGCAUCGUCAAAGAAGCAUAUGCUGUCGUUGACUUUGAUGAUGCAGAAGAAUCCGAAGGUGAGCUGAUCGUGCCCAAUGACACGUUUGCUCUCGGCUUGUGUGUUCUCAACAUCUGGUGUCGAUUUUUCCAGGGAAAUACUCAAUGGCCUUUUGUCGUGAACCUAGGGUUGAGCCUCAAGAAAUACAUCAAGACGCUUAUCACAAAACACGAUCAGUGUUUCACUGAAUCACGUUUUUGAUGUGUCUUUCAAAGACUGCAUCGUCUGUUUCGGAUCAUAGGAAAACCGCAUUCAGUACAUAAUCAGGCAGUACGGAUGCAUGGGAAUAGCAAUUCCAAGGUCACGACCAGUCGUGAUCCAUCAUGUCUCUGAAGAUACGGCGAGAAUAAGGCGAGAUUAGGGCUGUUUCAUGUGCUCCUUUGUCGCGGAGAUUCGGCGUAUUGUAUUUCGGCUGACAGAGACAAUCAAUGCGUACGCUAGUGAUAAUUUUAACCAUUAUAUUAAGAAGCUCAAUCC